AUUCCUUCCAGUCACUCCUUUGAUACACUUCUUACACAAUGUACAUCGCCGCCCUCGCCCCCCUUUUCCUCUCGACAGCGCUGGCGCUGCCCGCCCUCUCGCGCCGCGCGCAGUCGGCCACCUCCCUCUGCGGGGAUUACGACUACAUCAUCCUGCAGGACACCCCGUGGAUCGUAUACAACAUGCUCUACAACGCCGCCGAGACGGUCGGCACGCAGUGCACGGAUUACGACUCGCAGACCACCACGGCGAACGGCACCAAGGAGGUUGUCUGGAGCAGUGUGACGGAUAUUGAAUACGUGGAGAGCACCAACAACGUCCCCAAGGGGUAUUCGUUUGUGGGUCUCACUGAGAACCUGGAGACCAAGAUCUCGGCCAUCGCCUCGAUUCCGGCGGAGUAUACUUGGACCCGGACGAACACGACGACUUUUAAGGGCAACACCUGCUUCGACUUCAUGACCAACGACGUCAAAGGCGACUCCACCUCCGCCUCCUCGCACGAGCUGAUGCUCUGGCUGCAGUACGAGGGCGGCCAGCUCCCCAUCGGCUGGAGCAGCGGGGCGGUCGCCACCGUCGACGACCUGUUCGGCACCUCCUGGAAGCUGUACGAGGGAGUCAACGACGACUCGGGCAUCACGGUCAGCUCGCUGCUGCCCGACACCCAGUUCGAGGGCAGCUUCGAGGGCGAUCUGCGCGAGUGGUUGAUGGCCAUGGUGGACUUGGGCCGGUUUACGGAGGAGACGUAUGUCAAUGUUGGGAAUGCGGGGACGGAAUUCUUCUAUGGGAAUGCGGUGUUGAAUGCGACGUUGGGGUUGGAGAUCGAUCUGGCUUGAUCAAUGGAUUGGAGGUUGCAAGGAGAGGAGGAGGAGAAGUGUGGGGGUUUCUGUAUGGCUAGAAUGCAAGUCUGUGAUUGUAGAGAGUUUAAAUUUCUAUGCUGCCACACUGGUGGCGGCUCUCGC